UUUAUUAGAUUAUAUCAGCAAUAACAUAGUUAUGUAAUUUAAGAUGAGAAAGAGAAGUAUGCGAAAAGAUACAAGAGUAAAUAUGAUAAACUAAAUCUUGACCAUUUUUAUCCGUAACGUUUAAAGGUCAAUUAAAAGUCGACGAGAUAAUGAAGUAUGUGCAAGCUGGUAAUAAGAGUGAUACCUAUAUAUAUGGGAAAUGGUUAGUAUAAUCAGGUAUAUCGUGACGAGUACUUCGAUCUUGCGACAAUAUGGCUACUCUACGAUGGGGCAUCGCCAGUGCGGGGAAGAUAUCGCACGAUUUCGUGACAGGGUUGAGCACUUUGUCGGCGAACGAGCACCAGGUGAUCGCUGUCGCGGCGCGACAAUUGUCACGCGCGCAGGAUUUCGCGAAGCUCCACAAGAUCAAGAAGGCCUACGAUGAUUACGAGAAAUUGGCGUUGGAUAAAGACAUCGACAUUGUAUACAUCGGUAUGAUCCAUCCUUACCAUUUUGAUAUCGGGAUGCUGAUGCUGAAGCAUGGCAAACACAUUCUGUGCGAGAAGCCGUUGACAAUGAACUUGAAACAGACUACCGAACUGAUCAAUUAUGCGAGAAGCAAGAAGUUGUUCCUGAUGGAGGCUGUAUGGAGCCGCUGCUUCCCCGUGUACGAUGCUAUCAGGAAGGAACUCGCAUCCGGCAGCAUCGGCGACGUUUAUCAAGUAGUCGUGCCCUUCGGUUUCGGACUUUCCAACGUCGAUCGAGUAACUACUAAGGAAUUGGGCGGCGGCACGAUUCUGGAUCUCGGCAUUUAUUGCUUGCAAUUCGUCAGCUUGGUCUAUAACAACGAGAUGCCAGAGAGUAUAAAAGCCACCGGGAUUUUAAACGAGGAUGGCGUGGAUAUGUCCAUGUCGGCUAUUUUGCUCUACAAAGGGAAUCGCACCGCGACUAUCAUAACGCAGGGAUUCGUCAAUUUAUCAAACGAAGCAUAUAUCUGUGGGACUAAAGGUAUAAUAAGAGUGCCGCAAUUCUGGUGUCCGACAUCGGUCGAAUUACCGAGUGGAACACUGAAUUUUUCGUUGCCGCAAACAAGUGGAGAAUUUAACUUCAUAAAUUCCGCCGGACUUUCCUAUGAAGCUGCUGAAGCUCGCUCGUGUAUUCUAAAAGGUUUGAUAGAAAGCCCGAAAAUUUCGCAUGAUACAUCUUUAUUACUAGCCAGAUUGGAGGACGAACUUCGCAGACAAUUGGGUGUUGUGUAUCCUGCAGAUGCUUGAAAAGUCAUAUACAUGUUUUACAAAUAACAUAUGAUUACACAUAUACAUAUAAUAUAAUAUAAAAACAAUGUUAUAUUAUUAUAUGUACUAUUGACAUAACAUACAGAGUAUAUUUAUGCAUCCAA